AUUUAUUAAGUUUUUUUACUUUAUUGUUAACUUUAGAUUAGUUUAAAAAAAAAAUAAUUAGUGUUGCUUUGAUAAAUAUGUUUUAUGAAAAUGAUGACAUUGAAAUAAAUAAUAGGCUAGAUGAAGUUAUGCAUUUACAAGAUAAUGUUAGUGCUAAAAGGCGUGUUAAAAAUAAUCGUAGACGAAAUGAAAGAAAUAGACUUAGGCGAGAUGAAAUUAAUCUUUACAAAAUGAAAGAAAUAGGCUAGAUCAAGAUAAUGAUAAUUGUCGCUAAAAUGAAAGAAGAGCUGUUGAACAAGGACGAAUGUAUUCUAUAGCGAGAAGUAAUGCUAUUCCAGAUUAUAAUUAUUUAGGAGAAAUGAAUCAAAUUUGUCAUCACUGUGGUGCUAAGAAAUUUCCAGAUGAAACGCAUUUUCUAUGUUGCUAUAAUGGUAAAGUAGCUUUGUCUCCACUUUCACCAAUUACACAAGCUUUACAGGAUUUGUUUACAGGGAGUUAUGUUGAUCGUAAUGCUAAUGCUAAUUUUUUAAAACAUAUUCGAAAUUAUAAUGCCUGCCAUUCUUUUGCUUCUUUUACAGCAAAUGUAGUUCAACCAAUGAAUCAUGGGCUUCCAUGUUUUAAAAUAUGUGGCCAGAUUUUUCAUCGUGUAGGUAAUCUUAGGCCAGAUCAAGAUAUUCUACCAAUAUAUUGUCAACUAUAUAUUUAUGAUCCACUUGCUGCACUAAAUUUUUGAAUGCAACGACGUGGUAAUGAUCUUUGUUUACGUGAUUUAAUGUUUCAAUUGCAAACUAUAAUUAUGGAACAAAGUCCAUUUGCUCUUGCAUUUUAAAACAUGGCUGAAGUAGUAGAUGAAGAAAUUCGUAAGGCGGCUAUAGAAGGUUUUUCAGCUUCUGUUGUAAAAAUGUCUUUACUUGAAGGCAGUGAUAGACGUCGUUGUUAUCUACCUUCACAUGAUGAAGUUGCAGUUGUAUUUGUUAGCGAAGAUGGUGCUCCCCAACUUCCAGGGACGUUGUUAUUUACCCAGGAUUUGUUUUUCUAUUUAGACAUUAUUAAUAAUAUUAAAACAAACAACUUUAUGGAUGAAAUGAGAAGGAUGGCGUCUGGUGAAAGUAUAGCUGCAUCUUUUGUUUCAAAUAGUGGUGAGGUUAUGCUAAUUUUUUUUUUAAUAAUUGCAAAUGUAUAACUUUUAUUAUAUUCUUCUAUUUGUAACUUUAGACUCCUUAUCAUACGAUCAUAAUAAAACUUACCGCUCCCAACACCCUGGACCUCUCUCAGAGAGGUCCUUCAACAAAUGGAAAGAUAAUGGCGGAAAACAUGAGCCCUCCUCCAAACGGAGCGCUCAUCCAUACCGGGGUGUUGGGAGACACUGAAAAAAAAACAGCAACCAAAAGAUUGCAAAUGUCUUCUAACAGUAGAGAUAUUUAUGACUUUUUGGUUGCUGCUAUUUCUUCGGUGUUUUUUUUUUUUAAUUUGUAAUUUUUUUUAGUUUUAAUUUUGGAAUUUUUUUUUAAUAUAUAUUA